GGGGCGCCUGGGUGUGAGCGCGGGAAGAUGGCCGAGCCGGUGUCCAAGUCUGUGCUGUUCGUGUGUCUGGGUAACAUCUGCCGAUCACCCAUUGCAGAAGCAGUUUUCAGAAAGCUUGUAACUGAGCAAAAUCUUUCAGAUGACUGGGUCAUUGACAGCGGCGCUGUUUCUGACUGGAACGUGGGCCGGUCACCAGAUCCAAGAGCUGUGAGCUGCCUCAGAAAUCAUGGCAUUAGCACAGCCCAUAAAGCACGACAGGUUACCAAGGAAGACUUUGCCACGUUUGAUUAUAUACUUUGUAUGGAUGAAAGCAAUCUAAGAGACUUGAAUAGAAAGAGUAAUCAAAUUAAAAACUGCAAAGCUAAAAUUGAACUCCUUGGGAGCUAUGAUCCACAGAAACAGCUUAUUAUUGAAGACCCCUAUUAUGGGAACGAGUCCGACUUUGAGACCGUCUACCAGCAGUGUGUGAGGUGCUGCAGAGCUUUCCUGGAGAAGGCCUGCUGAUGUCGCACCCGUGCCCCUGGCGAGCCCCACAGGAGCCACAGUGAGGCUGCAGCUGCUUCUUCGGUUGACCCUGUUUCUUAAAUGCUUGUAGAUGGAAAUCAGUUACUGUAUUUGGCAAAUAAAUAGAAAUGUUUCAUCCA